AUGAGAAAACCUCUUCCCGAAAUCAAGUAUUUUGGAGGUGACCCUUUUGAAUUCAGAAAGUUCAUCCGUCAGUUCAGAUCCAAGAUUCUGGCAAACUCUGACAUCGCUGAUGAAAACAUGAAUUAUUUGGAACAAUUUACUUGCGGUGAGGCAAAUAAAUUUGUGAAGGGGUUUGGUUAUCUAGAUGCAGAAGUGGGCUAUGUUGCAGCUAUGAAGGAGUUAGAAGAGCGCUAUGGGAAUGAGCACACUGUAGUCAAUGCCUUUGGACAGCGUGCGCUCGACUGGCCAAUGAUCAAGGCGGACAACCCCAAAGGACUUACGACCUUUCCAUCAUCCUAA